CAGACCCUGCUGUUCGAUCUGGGUAACGGCAGCGCGGCCUGCUGUCUUUCAAAAGCCCAGUUUCACCCCUCACUAACACGGGUCUGACUAGACAUUUCUCAGCGGAGAUGGCGACGUUCUUCGGCGAGGUUUUAUCCGUUUACUCGCGGGCUGUGGAAGAGGAUGAAGACGACCUUGAAGAUGAAAAUGAGGAGGAUAAGCGGAUCCGCAGUGAGAUAGAGCAGAAAAGGAGUGUGCAUGUUGAGUGGUGUCCAGAGGUCCAGAACUCCCUGGAUGUCACUAGUGAGAAAACAUUGCCGUUUUCACAGUUCCUUAUAGCUGUGGGCCCUAAUGCUGCAGGAUUUCUCUCCACGUACGUCCUUAGCUCAGGGAAGUGGGAUUCCAUCGGUUUGGUGUCCCUUUGGAACGAGAGGAGCGAGAGCCAACAAUAUGGUGUGCACCUGCAGCAGGAGGCCGGUUGUGUUUUCUACAAACAGAAGGAAUGCUCUUCGGUCCUGAUAUGCCAGUGCACAUUGUACAUAGCAGAAGAUCAGUUAUUCCCCUGGGCUGAAAAAGUGUUUGCCUGUAUUCAGAGGAGAGGGCUCACUGUGACUGUUCUGUCGGACGCCCCCUUGUCCGAGUUUAAAUCGCCCAACUCGCUGUACAGCACCACCCCGUUCCUGCGUGCGCUGAGGACCAGCGCGUACAAAACCCAAGUGUCCUGUCAGCUUCUCGAGCAGCCUAAUAUUGCCACAGGGCUUGCAGCAGCAGUGCUUUCCUACUGUCAGGUUCAGAAGAUCCCUGCAGUUCUUUACCAGUGCUACAGUGAUGUCAUCGUCCCCAACUCCAUCACCAUGGAAACGUACAAACCUGCUCUGUCUAGCUUGAGCGAGAUAAUAAAGCUUGAUUCUUGUCCGAAUGCUGAUGUCCUCAAGAGAUUGUUGAAGGCCAGUGAAAUUCAAAGUAACAUGUACACUUGAAACUUGGAGCAGUGUUCAGUUGGAUUUGUACUGUCACACCCUCUGUUUUCUCAAAUAUUAACAUUUUUAAGUAAUGAAGAAAAUCUGCUGCUGUUCCCUGCUUUUCUGUUUCAUUUGUGACCAGCAGAGACCAGUCUAUUUUCAUUCUUUUAAAACAUUGACUGAUGAUGUGUAUCAUUACCAAACAGCAAUGAACAUGAAUUCGAGGAACCAUAUAUUUAUCACUUAAAACCAUGUUAUAAGUGAAAAAUGUAGUUCUCUCUCCAGCUCACUUUGGACUGUGCGUAAAUAUUAAAUCAUGUACAAGCCAUUCAAGCUUCAAGUGGUGACCUUACACCCUUCACAGAGUGGUGAUUCACUGAUAUGAAGCAUCAUGUAAUUGUUAGUGUACAUCUGGUUGUCCCUUUUGUGACAGAUGCUAUUGAAAUUGCCUUCCUGUCACAAGUAGCACUGACAUCCUAGACUGCA